GGACAGAGGAGCAGUGACGCGCCCUCGGGAAUCGUUGGUGCGCUAGCACGUGCCAUUCCCUUGCAGCUGGAACGGCCAGACAGGCAUUCGCGCUCCGUCGCCCAAAAUAUCCCCACUGCGACUUGGCCUCCUAUUCUCCACUCCCGUAGCAUUCCUACCCGACCAACGAGAUGGCGCUCGCUACAAAGACGCAGUCGCAAAACAUCUUUGCGAAAUUGAAGGCAAAGCCUGCGAACAAGAUAUGCUUCGACUGCGGCGCAAAGAACCCAACAUGGAGCUCUGUACCUUUCGGUAUCUACCUCUGUCUUGACUGCUCUUCGAACCAUCGUAACAUGGGAGUCCACAUCUCCUUCGUCCGAUCCACGAACCUCGAUAUUUGGCAAUGGGACCAGCUGCGUAUCAUGAAGGUCGGAGGUAACGAAAGCGCGACGAAGUAUUUCCAAUCGCACGGUGGCUCAGCAGCGCUCGCCAGCAAGGACUCAAAGGCCAAAUACACUAGCAACGCGGCGACCAAGUACAAGGAAGAGCUGCAAAGGCGGUGCGCCGCAGACUCUAAGCUAUACCCCGAAGAAGUCGUGAUCACAGAUGUCCCAGAUGUUGCUGGCGGCAGCGAAAGCAACACUCCAGCCGGCGAGGACGAUGACUUCUUCUCUUCUUGGGACAAGCCCGCAAUCAAGCGCCCGUCGAAUCCUCCCUCUCGAACCGGUACACCGCGUGCUCAGUCGCCUUUCCUCAAGCCUGGCGUCGCCGCUGGUAAUGGCGCCGACCGCCCGAAGUCGCCUCUCGUUGCAGCCGAGAACACCACACCUGCGGUCGUAAAGCCCACAGUACGGAAGACCACAACGGGCGCCGUACCAAAGAAGAAUAUCUUGGGCGCGAAGAAGAAGGGCUUGGGAGCCAAGAAGGUGGUUCCUGCCGAUGGUGGGUUAGACUUCGAGGCAGCUGAGCGCAAGGCAAGAGAAGAAGCAGAGCGUGUUGAGAAGCUUGGUUACGACCCAGAUGCCGAGGCCGCCGAGACGGCAGCGACUGCGAAGCCCAAGGUUGCUGAAGCCUCGAACAUCGCAGCUCCUACGCCAGUCUCGCCACCUCAUGGCGGCUUCGGCUCUACAGCCAAGCCGGACCGUUGGGAUGCAGACACCGAAAGACUGGGCAUGGGCGUCGCACGUCUCGGGUUUGGGCAAGUCGGUGCCGGUAAGAAGGCAGCGCCAGCGAAGAAGGUCGGUGGCUUCGGCAGUGUCGGCAAGCCUGUCCAAGACGAGAGCCAGAAGUAUGCACGCGAGAAGUUUGGCACACAAAAGUCCAUCUCCAGCGACGAGUUCUUUGGGCGAAACAACUACGAUCCUGCGGCUGGUGCACAGGCGAAGGAGCGAUUGUCAGGAUUUGAGGGUGCAUCGGCCAUCUCAUCGAACGCAUACUUCGGCCGUCCUGAAGAUGACAUCCCGGAGGACGACUACGGUGAUCUCGAAGGUGCCGCUAAAGACUUCGUCCGUAAGUUCGGCAUCACUGCUGGCGAUGACCUCGAAAACCUGUCGAACCUACUAGGCGAAGGCGCCGGUAAACUUCAAGGCGCUAUCCGCAACUACUUGAACUCGUAGACGGAUUCUCUUGAAUGGACAACAGCGAGGCGUUUGUUCAGUCUACAACAUCGAUGCCAAGGACAUUCACCAAUUCCGAGUACAACAUGGAGCCAUGGAGAGUAC